UUUUGCACGGGAAAUAGAGGUGCAUCAAAUCAGUGUCGUUUGAUGUAUAUUUUGAUAUUUGAGAAUCAAAUUUUUGAAAUUGACAACGAUCCACGUAAUGCUCCAAUAUCAAUAGGCUUAUCUUCUCUGGAGCCUGGCCACUCUGUGAACCUUUUCCCAAUUCGCUGUUAUCUUGUGGUCUGUGGAUAUGGCGGAAAAGCUUAUGCAUGCCGUUCAGUACAGUGGUUAUGGAGGAGGAGCUUCUGACUUGAAGCAUGUUGAAGUUCCAAUUCCUGUUCCAAACAAAGACGAAGUAUUGCUGAAAGUUGAAGCAACUAGUAUGAAUCCAUUUGAUUGGAAAGUUCAGAAAGGCAUGCUUCGGCCACUUUUGCCUCGCAAGUUUCCUCAUAUACCUUGUGGUGAUGUGGCAGGAGAGGUUGUAGAGGUUGGAUCAAGUGUUAAAGACUUCAAAGCUGGUGACAAAGUUGUGACUCUUCUUUACCCUCGUAGUGGAGGUGGACUUGCUCAAUUUGUUACGUCCAAGGAAAAUAUGACUGUGAUAAGGCCACUGGAAGUUUCAGCAGCCGAUGCUGCAAGUUUGCCUGUAGCCGCUCUAACAGCUCUCCAGGCCCUCACUCAAGCCGCGGGGUUGAAGCUCGAUGGAAGCAGCAGCCAUCAAAUGAACAUUUUGGUCACUGCAGCCUCAGGUGGUGUUGGUCACUAUGCAGUUCAGCUAACAAAGCUCGGGAACGCGCACGUGACAGCCACGUGUGGAGCACGUAACCUCGAACUCGUCAAGAGCUUAGGCGCGGACGAGGUUGUCGACUACAAGACUCCAGAAGGGGCGGCUCUAAAGAGCCCGUCUGGUAGGAAAUAUGACGCAGUGAUCCACUGCGCAACAGGCAUUCCUUGGUCGACUUUUGAGCCUAAUUUGAGCUCAAAUGGAAAGGUGAUAGACAUUUCACCUAGUUUCAGUGCCUUUACCACUUUUGCUUUGCAAAAGCUUACAUUUUCGAAGAAGCAGCUGGUGCCAUUGUUCUUGAGCCCCAAACGUGAAAACUUGGAUUAUCUUGUUAAGUUGGCCAGAGAUGGAAAGCUCAAGACAGUGAUCGACUCAAAGCAUCCACUGAGAAAGGCUGAAGAUGCUUGGGCCAAGAGUAUUGACGGCCAUGCUACCGGGAAGAUCAUUGUUGAGCCUUAGCUAAAUGGUGAACAUUAUAUCUUAAAAUUUGCAAACUAUGUACUUGAAAUGAAUUAGCUUGUAUUGACUGUAUACAAGUGUACCAUAAAUAAGGCUUAAGGUGUUUUAAAAGCGUGUGAUUUUGUGCUGUUAUUAUUAUAUAGUGUGCAUAAUUGUCUUAUA